CCCGCUCGCGGUCAAGGGAAUCAGGAUCUAACCCGGCCACCGUAGUCGCUUUUCUAUAGUGGGCGGGACCAAGAGAGGGGUGACCCUGUCGGAGCUGCGGCUGCCAGCAACAUGUUCAAGGUAAUUCAGAGAUGUGUGGGGCCAGCCAGCCUGAGCCUGCUCACCUUCAGAGUCUAUGCAGCACCAAAAAAGGAUUCACCUCACAAAAAUUACAUGAAGGUUGAUGAGCUUUCACUCUACUCAGUUCCUGAGGGUCAAUCUAAAUAUGUGGAGGAGCCAAGGACUCAACUUGAAGAAAACUUCUCGCAACUCCGACAUCAUUGUGAGCCAUAUACAAGUUGGUGUCAGGAAAAAUACUCCCACACUAAACCCAAGGUGGAACGCUUCGUCCAGUGGGGAAUAGACAACUAUGAAUAUCUCCAAAACGCACCUCCUGGAUUUUUCCCAAGACUUGGUGUUAUCGGUUUUGCUGGUUUUGUUGGACUCCUUCUUGCUAGAGGUUCAAAACUAAAGAAGCUGGUGUACCCUCCUUUUUUCAUGGGAUUAGGUGCCUCUGUUUAUUACCCACAACAAGCCAUCACCUUUGCCCAGGUCAGCGGGGAGAAGUUGUAUGACUGGGGAUUACAAGGGUACAUAAUUGCAGAAGAUUUGUGGAAGCAACAUUUUCAGAAGCCAGGAAAUGUGAAGAACUCACCUGGAAAUAAAUAGAAAACUCCAUGUUCUGUCCAUUUUAAUCAGUUAUAGGUAAACAUUGGAAACUCCAGACGGUAAAUCAGUAUUUCUACAGACAAAUGGCAGAGAGUCAGUAUUGGAUAUAGUAAACUGGCUUUCUUCAGGAAAAACAACACUAAGCCUCUUUGCUAUCUUGGGUGAUGCCAUAUUACAGGCCAACUAAUCAGCAGUCCUUCACAUGGAAAUAAUGUACAAGCCUUAGAACUUCUCAUUCUUCUAUCACUAUUUAUGUACAUAAUUAAAAUCCAGAUUCAAACAGA